AUGGCUGUGGUGGCGACUCAGAUGGCGGUGGAUAUGGAGGCGAUUCAGGAGGCGACGGAUCUGGAGGCGGCAGCAGCAGACCAUGAUCUGGCUAUGGGAGAUGAAAACGUUGAAGAGGCGGAGGUGGGAGAGGGGGGAGAGAGUCUGGUACCGGAGACUGCUAUCCUCGAUCUAGACUUCGAUGCUGAUGAGGAAGUUCAAGUCAUACAACGAUGUGUGAUCGAGAAGUACUACUCCAUGCGUAGGGUUAAAGCGGCGACUCUCCUCCUAGAGUUCAAGCGCAUCUGGCAGACAUGUGCCGACAUGAAAUUCAAAGAUCUGGAGGACAAUAUGUAUGUGAUCACGUUCGAUGCGGAGGGGGAUUAUCAGCAUGUAGUUCAUGGAGGACCAUGGCAGCUACGCGGCGAAGUACUCAUCGUGGCUCCGGUGGAUGGAACGGUGCCCCUCAUGGAGAUCCCGGUUGAUGCCAUGCCCAUAUGGAUUCAUAUCGAUAAGGUGCCCCCUAUGUUACAGAACGACCAAAUUGGCCGUGCUCUUGGUAGCUUUCUGGGUAGGGUCCUGGAAGUGGAUGCUAUGGCUAACGGGCAAGUUGGUGCAUAUCUCCGGGUAAGGGUAGAGAUCUCGUUGCGCCAGCCCUUGCAGGAUGAAGUUGCUAUCAGGAUUAAGGGCAAGCUUACGACCUACAAGGUUCAGUAUGAGCGUCUGCCUAAUUUGUGUUUCCAUUGUGGGCUUGUCGGGCAUGGGAAGACGGAGUGUCUGAAGGAACAACAGGGCGCGAAAUCACGCGGACUAGAUGCACGGCUGCGCUGCUCUCCGGUCCGUAAAGCUGAUCGGAGAGAUGGUGUGAUACGUGCAGAUUCUGCUGCUCGGAGGAAGUUGAUGCUGCCGUUUGGUGCUGCUUUAUCAUCUAACAGAAGUCAUGCUAGUUCUAGAAGAAUGAGCCAGGAGCAGCAGUCGGCGGAUGAGAUUGUAGGGGAAGUGGAGCUGUCAAAUAAAGUUAAUGAACUUAGUGUUCAUGAUGAAGGUGUGCAUGAUGAUGAAUGUACAGAGUCUCCUCCUCCUAACCAUAAAGGAGCUGACAAAUAA